AUGGCGACUGAACCAUGGGAAGCCACUGUCUUCAAGAAGCAAAACGAAAUUGCUUCCAAAAUCCCUGCUGCAUGGCGUCUUCCAGAACGCCUUAUCACGAUAUCUGAGACGUCAGGCAUCAAUGUGCUAGAUAUUCCACAUCAGUCUGGAAUUCUCUCAGAAAGACAGCUUGAAAUUACUGAACAGUAUGAUGCGACUGAUUUGCUCCGCAAAAUUCAAAGGCGGGAACUGUCUGCCUACGAAGUUACCGAAGCCUUUUGCAUUCGCGCCGCGAUUGCACAGCAAGUUACUCGAUGCCUUACCGAGACAUUCUUUGAACGUGCUUUAGAACGUGCCAGGGAGCUGGAUGAGAUACUAUCCAAAACAGGGACACCAGUCGGGCCUCUGCACGGAUUACCUAUCAGUUUCAAGGUUCAAACGCUGUCCCCGAUCAUUGAGAACCCUAUCGACGCAAAUUCCCCGGCAGUUCAAAUCUUGAUCGACUUGGGUGCGAUUCCAUACGUGAAAACAAAUAUCCCGCAGACAAUGAUGGCUGCAGACUCACACAACUACAUAUUCGGCCGAACCCUGAAUCCCUAUCGGUCAAAUCUUACCGCCGGGGGCUCAUCUGGAGGAGAAGGUGCAUUGAUAGCUAUGAGGGGAUCAGUACUUGGAGUUGGAACGGACAUCGCUGGGUCUAUCAGAAUUCCCGCUAUUUGCAACGGAACAUAUGCAUUGCGACCUUCGGCAGACCGCAUUCCGUAUGGGGGUCAAACGAGCUCUUCUCGUGGGGGACUCACUGGGAUCAGGCCUUGUGCUGGGCCAUUGGCAACAUCUGUGAGGGACUUGGAGCUCUUCAUGAGUUUAAUGACUACUGCAGACCCAUGGCAGUUGGACUCGUCGGUCAUAUUUUCUCCAUGGCGCACUGUGGUCCCGAAGAAGAUUAUUCGGUUAGGACUUGUUCAAGAAGACCCUAGUUUCCCCUUGCACCCACCGGUUCUACGAAAUCUUACAGCAGCAUCGAAAAAGUUGGACUCGAUGGGCCACGAGAUCGUUCCCCUCAAAACCUUGCCUAUCCGAGAUGCCUGCCUACUGGCAUUUCGUAUGUUCUCGAUGGAUCCGGCUCGAACCGCAUUCAAACACAUUGCCGCAAGUGGAGAACCAACUAUUCCAGCGUUAGAUUCAACGUCCCUACCCCAGGCCAUCAUGCCAUAUGAAUAUGCGGAUCUGACGCUGGAAGCUUUGUAUGAUCUGAAUGAACAACGGAAUCGUCUGAAGGAGGAGUUCCGCUCCCUAUUUCUUCGGGAAAAAUUGGAUGCUAUUAUCAUGCCAGGCUACCAAGGUACUGCUCAGCCACAUGAUCAAUUCGGCUUCCCACCGUACACUGUUGUCUGGAAUGUGAUGGAUUACCCAAGCUGCAUCAUUCCGUAUGGACAAGCGAACGAGAAAGAAGAUGUGGGAUUUAUUCGCGAUUGUCACUACCAACCCCCUUAUAUUGCUGAUGCUAUCGAGGGCGCUCCGUGCUGUGUACAACUCGUCGGUAGAAACAUGCAUGAUGAGGAACUCCUUGCUGUAGCGGAAAUUGUAUCAACGGUUCUCAAGGCUUGA